ACAAGUGUAUACAAUGUACCUCUGGUGAAUUGCAAUCGUUUCGAAUGUAGUUACGGCUUCCGCGCCUCCCUCGCGAUCUUCUUCAUGAUCCCAACCAUAUCUGUAUAGUUCACCUACUGCCAGAUAUUCUCACACAGGAAGUCGAGCCGCUGCGCAAGUAAUACUCGCUCCUAUAUAAGAACAGCGAAGGUCUUGAGAAUCACUACAUUUCAGCCUCUGUAUUCGUUCUCAGUGACACGGUCAAUCGUCUUCAAUAACAAAUGGAUAAUCUCGUCCGGAAGAUAAUAUUGUCGUUGGUGGUAAACGUGGGUUUAGUUUACUGUGAGCCACCCUUAAAUACGCAAUACGGAGUACCUGGAAAUUACGCAGGAGGAGGUAAUGGUCAUGGAACGCUAACAAACAGUUACGGUACUCCUGUUGGUGGCGGUCACGAUGAGAAUCAAGAUUACAUCGACAAUCAGCCAAAAUCUUACGAGUUUGGAUAUGCAGUAAAGGAUGAAGCGACCGGAAAUGACUUUGGACGAAGAGAGACCAGUGAUGGUGAAACUGUACGAGGGGAAUACAGGGUUCAACUUCCGGAUGGAAGAACACAAAUAGUGACUUACACGGCCGAUUGGAGGACCGGCUUUCAUGCUGAUGUCCGAUAUGAGGGUGUUGCCACAUAUCCCGACCAGUACAACACGAACAAUAAUGGCUACAAUAACAACGCCCCUUCUGGUUAUGAUUAUCCCGGAAACAACAUUGACAACUCCUAUAACACUGGUAACAAUGCGGGUUACAACAAUUACCAGAACGGAGGCGGAAAUUAUAAUGCUGGACCCAACUAUAAUUAUCAGUACGGCUCCAACUCUGUGGACAACAAUUACAACAGCAACAAUUUCAACAGCUAUGCAGGAUAUUCGAGUAAUUCCUUUGGAUCGGGGAGUCCAACACCUACAUAUGGAACACCAGCUUACCAUUAAACGUUCAGAUACUUCUUUAAAACAAACACUUCUCUUUUACCUCUUGUUUUUUUUCAAUUUUUUGUCAAAAAAAAAAAAUUCAAUUUUCCAUGGGGAAAAAAAUAAGUUUAAUUUCUAAAUAUAUAAAUAGCAUCAUCUACAUGACUAGAGGAAUUAAUAAUGAAAUUCUCUCUAAAGAAAGUUCAUUAACUCUUGUGAUAAUUUAUUCUAUUUUUGAUUGCAACAUUCUGUUUUAUCCAUAUUGCCAAAGAAGACAGAAUCAAUCGAAAAGAAAAGAAAAAUUGCUUUUUUUUUCUUAAUUUUUAUUUUUGACAUUUUUUUAUUCUGUGUUACAUGGAAAUAAUAUUUAUAGAGAAUUAUCCA